AAUGCUGCUACGAUCUUGGUCACUGGCUCCAAGUUGUUUCAGUUCUGUGAAGCAUCUGAACAAGCAGAAGGCAAGGAGGAGCAACACUUUUGUUGAAAAUAUAUUGCACUCUUCAGGAUGGACUUUUGUCCUGCUGGGUCAACUGACCUGAGUGAGGCUGAAGAGGCUGAAAUAGAGACAAUCAGGCAGCACAGACAGGAGCUUUUGGAGGACAUUAAGAAGCUGAAGGAAGAGAUUGCUCAAGUGUUUGCAGAGAUUGAGUGCUUCCAAAAUGCAGAGGAAAGGCAAGAGGCAGACAGUAAUCCUGGGGAGCAGACCAGCAAACUAUCACAGAGGGAUAAACUUCUGUCCCUGGGCCGUAAGAAAUUCAACAUGGACCCUGCAAAGGGGAUCCAGUACCUGAUUGAGCACCAGGUACUGUCCUCAGACCUGCAGGAGAUCGCCAAAUUCCUCCACAAGGGUGAAGGCCUGAACAAGACAGCCAUUGGGGAUUACCUGGGUGGGAGGGACCCCACAAACAUUCAGAUCCUCCAAGCCUUUGUGGCAUGUCAUCAGUUUGCCAACCUCAACCUGGUGCAGGCACUCAGACAGUUCCUAUGGAGCUUCCGGCUGCCCGGGGAAGCACAGAAGAUUGACCGGAUGAUGGAGGCCUUUGCCAACUGGUACUGCAAGUGUAACCCAGGAGUAUUCCAGUCCACAGAUACCUGUUAUAUACUCUCCUUCUCUAUCAUCAUGCUUAACACCAGCCUGCACAACCCCAAUGUGAAAGACAAACCUCACUUUGAAAGGUUUGUAUCCAUCAACAGAGGCAUUGACAAUGGAGGGGACCUGCCAGAAGAGCUCUUAAAGAACCUGUUUGAGAGCAUCAAGAACGAGCCAUUCUCCAUACCAGAGGAUGAUGGGAACGAUCUCACACAUACUUUCUUCAACCCUAACCGUGAAGGCUGGCUCCUGAAACUAGGCGGACGUGUGAAAACCUGGAAACGCCGGUGGUUCAUUCUGACCGAUAACUGCCUCUACUACUUUGAAUAUACCACGGACAAAGAGCCUCUGGGCAUUAUACCCCUGGAGAACCUAUCAGUCCGGAAAGUGGACGAUCCCAAAAAGCCAAACUGCUUUGAGCUCUUCAAUCCCAACUGCAAAGGGCAGAAGAUCAAAGCCUGCAAAACAGAUGGGGAUGGGAAGGUGGUUGAAGGCAAGCAUCAGUCCUACAAGAUCUCAGCAGCCACACCAGCAGAACGUGAUGAGUGGAUUGAGGCAAUACGGACCAGCAUCACACAGGAUCCUUUCUAUGAUCUGGUCUCUGCCCGUAAGAAAAAGAUUGCCAGCAAAAACUGAGCCCUGAACUGGUCACUGGCAGCAGGAAGAUGUAGUUGUUGGACAACUUCCCUCCCAUGCUGGGCUCUUCCAGUGAAGAAAUUUGGGAGCAUUGGUUCCCUCUGUCUCCCACUUGGCAGGAAGAUGACUGACAGGACAACUUGCCAGAUUUGCUUCUUCCCUUUCCAAACUGAAGGCAGAGGUGCAGGGUGCGAUCCACUGAGGACUGUCAGAACUGUUGGCACAGUGUUUCCCGUGUCCAAAUGUAAAGGGUGAACAGCAACUGGCCUUUGGGUUCUCCCAUAGAGCCCCAGGCAUGUAGGACAGGAUCCGAGGGGAGACGAGAAUAUCUCCAGCCCUUCUUGCCAUCAGACCAGGCCUGGGUAUUUUUCUGUGAGGAAUGAUAUAGAUGCUCUUGGAGCAACCAAGCGUGGUCCAGUCAGUUGCAGAGCAGAAAAGCCCCAGUGGUUUGCCUUCCACAAACAGAUGUAUAGUGACUGUGGAGAAGAGGCCAUUGAUACUUAAGACCUCACUGUGAAACUAGAGGCCAAGGGAAGAUAAGAAGCCCUCUGCUCGGAAGAGAACCCUCUCUACGUCUUCCUGUAGCUGUGAGGGCUGUAAUCCUGGGAAGUCCCUGCUCUGUAACUGAGUCAUGGGUUUUGUUGGAUGGGGAGAUAAAGGGUAACUGAGUGUAGAGAGGUUGUGGGACAAGGGAAGCAGCUCUGGGUCUUUGGUCUUUCUGUUUUGAGACUCAGGGACCACCAUAGGUCUCCCUGGGGAAGAAACCUGAACACUAGCUCUUCUGGCUGAUGGCUCCCCAGCAAAGGUUGCUUCCUUGUACCACCCCAGAGGCCUGGGCUUUGUAUCUGAAAGGUCUGCAGCCAGAAGGCAUGAAAAAUUGGAGGUGCAUACACACCACACACACAAGCACACACACACACAGGGGCAUUCCCAUCUUCACACAGUGGUUCCAUCUGGACUCUGGGUUUUUUUUAUCUCUUGUGUAGAGAGAGAAAUAAAAGUGCUUGAAAACAAGCCCAAAACCCAGGGUAAGACGAUCAUUUUAGUGAUAAGGACAGAGGAUGUGAGAUAAGAGUGUCGUGUUCCUGCGCCUAGCAAAGCAGCCUGAGCACCACCGCAGCUCUGCACUGCACCCAAAAUGCAGGCAGGGCACAAGCAGGCAGCUGCUGGGCGGCGCGGGUGGGAGGAGCAGUUAAUGGGACCAGAGGAAAGGUGCAGGGAGCUGUAACACUGCAAGCUGGGAACAGCACGGAGUCAAAUCCCAGCGACUUGCUAGAGGCAAUUACAUCUGUGGGGUUAAAGGAUGUGAUAAGCUAUUGCUAGUUCUUCUGUUACCUUUCGGGUCUCUUCUAGUAAACACUGGUGCUGUCUCAGUCUCUUGCCUUUUUUUUCUUCCUGCAGAGGGCUCUAUCUACCAGGCAAUCUGCAGCAGAACCAGCAGAGCCCGAUUAUUCAUUCUAGUUAUUUUUGCCCCAGCCACAGGAAUGUUGAAUUAAUUUCAAGAGGCAGGGAGUGUAUCUCAGAGUUGAAGCACGCGCUCACCCCGGAGAAGGAACGUGAAGGUUUUCUUCUGCUCGCGCCUGCAAAUGUCUCCUGCCCUGAAUCUCUUUGUCACUGAUGUGAUACGGAGUGAGCUCGCUGCCCACUGCUCUAGAGCACAUGUGCUCACACUUUGGGUUCAAUCUUGCUUUGGGUUCAAUGCAGGGAGGCAGGGUCAUGUCCAGAGGUGGGAGGAGAAGUCAGAAUCUGGCCCUUUAUCCUGGCAACAUCUCCAAGAUAUGCAAAAGAAAUAUAAAUAUGCACUUGGUUGGUAAAAGAUGCCUCAGAGCCUAGGAUUUGGGUGAGAAAUGUCUGUUCUAGUGCCUCGCAGGCUCAUGCUCUGUGUGACAAAAGCCAUCAAAAUGUAGCCUGGAGUCUCUCUUCUACCCACAAUCUGGUCUUGGGUGAGGGAAUCCAGGCUAAGCCUUUCCCAGAGUUCACCUGGAUCAUUCCUAUCACAGCAGGGUCUACCCAAGCUCUUCCCAGUCCCUCUUCAUCCCAAAUCCUUGCAAUUCUCUUCAGGCUGGCUACGUCCUUUCCCCUCCCAUCUUCCCCCAGAUACCCAGGCAAUGCAGAGCAGAAUUAUUCCUAGUGGGGACAGGAUUAGGACAACUUGUGAGAGGCAAAACAAUGCACGGAGACAGGCAA